GGACAAUUUUGUAGUCAGACCACGAAUGGAGGAAGAAGAGCUUAAAUUUUGGUUUUGAGGUGUCGAAGAUGUCAGGACUGUCAGAAACAGAGCGCGCUGGGUGUAAAAAUAUACUGAAGUUGAUGUCAAAAGGCGACUUACUUUCUCUGAGUGACACGGUCACGAAUAAGAUGAUAGUUGUGGAAAAUGUCACAGAGGCUAUGGAAGCAAUUCUGUCCUUCACUUUAAAUGCCGAGGAGCUCCUGAGAAGGAAAAAGGUUCUUCGCGACCUCAUAUUCAAGUACCUGGCCACAGAGGGCGUAGCGAUGCCCCCGAACAGCGAGAAACACCAGCUGGUGAAGAGGACGCUGGAGCUCUGGUCGUCUGGGAAGGCCAACGAAACCCGUCUAGGAGAGGAAGAGACCAGACAGAGACCUCCUACAGAGACAGCGUCUGAUUCCACAAACAUGAAGGCUGAGGUGGGCUUUGACCCACUGGUCCUCGGCCAGCAGUUCUGCCAGUGGUUCUUCCAACUCUUAAACAGUCAGAACCUCUCGCUGGGCCAGCAGCCCCAGGACUGGGGACCACAGCACUUCUGGCCAGAUGUGAAGCUACACCUCCUCUCCAGAGCUGGCAGCGAGCAGAUUGAGGAGUUCCUGGGUGCUGAACUGGUCAGCCUUCGUCUCCUGGCUUUGACCAGAGAAGAGCGCCUCCUCCUCAGCCCCAACCUGGAGCCUCAUGGCCUCAGGGCCCUGGCCUCCCCCCAUGGCCUGGUACUGGUGGCUGUAGCUGGGACCAUCCACAGAGAUGAAGCCUGUUUGGGCGUCUUUGAGCAAAUAUUUGGCCUCAUCCGCUCUCCGCUGGAGAACAACAGCUGGAAAAUCAAGUUUGUCAACCUAAAGAUAAGAGGGCAGGACGCUCUUGGUGGAACAGAGAUGGCAGCGCCUGCCUUGAGUUACAACUCUACUGAAUUGCAGCUUCUCUGCAGUUGAUGGCACUCUUUGUUUGACAUUAUUUACCCGGUGAAGGUUUGACUGGACACGCUCUCUCUUUACUCUUUACUCCAAUUUCACCUAAUUUUACCCAGAGUCGUCAGAGAUCCAAACUGGCAAGUAUAUAGACACAAACCCCUCCUAACCUAAGUUUAGCUGUCAUGUCAGGAUGUACAGGUAGGUGGACACUGUUGCAUCAAAAUGUAAUUGUUAGGUAGAUCAUUGACGUAACAUAAAAAAUGACAUGGCUGCCACAUCUUGUUGUGGAAACAUUGUGCUUCAAAUAUACUGUACCUUGAUGCAAAAGGUGUGUGCCUUAUGUAAGCUAAAAUAUAAAUACAGACAUGGACCUGCUCUUGUAAAUAUGUAUCAUAUCAAAUAUAAAGAUUAUGUUAACAAUUG